CAUAAGUAAUAAGUAGUAUAUUGAAUAACGUUUAAUUUAGUUUUUGCAGUCGGUCAAGAAAAGCAUGUCAUAUAGGCCUUCAAAAUAUUGUUUAUUUUUGUUCGUACUGUUAUGCACGGCGUGUACUUUUCUAUUACAAAAGCAAUGGCAAAAACCUACAACAGAACGACUGUUUUAUCCCAAACCUAGAAAAUACUUGGCCAGAUUCAAAACUGUAUUCCCAAAUGAUUCGGCUUGGUUUGGGCUUGCUUAUACAAACCAGUAUGGCCUACCGUACAGUGACUUUCAUAACUUGACAUUCCAACAAAACCUUCAAGACUGGAGAGUUUGUUUUCCUGAACUGAUGUCUUCUUUAUCGGACAUACAAAAGCGAAACACGACCUUCACUUUGAAUACUUUAAAAAACUCUAGAGUUGUCAUCGUAGAUAAAAGAACGGAAUACAAAAUCGGGGAUAUACUGAAUGCUCGAAUUGAUGCCUAUGAAUGGAACGAAAACAAAAGUUCGAUUGGAGGCGAUUUGUUUCUUGCUAGAUUAAUUUAUGGAAAUGACACCUUAUACCCUGAUGGAGUAUCUGGUAUAGUUACCGAUCAUCGAAAUGGAACGUACAGUAUUAGAGCCCCACUGUUGAUUUCGGGCAAAGCACGACUUGAAGUAAAACUCAUGAUACCGCUUGAAGGAAUAGCCGAACUUGUUAGAUGUACAACUCUACGAAAGUAUCUUGACACCCAAUACAUUGCCAAGUUCGAAACGGAAGAACAGACGGAGUGUAACGUAGACUUGAGGUUUACGAGCUUGAUCGCCGACGAGAUUUGCGACUACAGCAAUCCACGUAACCACGAACCUUGGUUUUGCGUUAAACCACCGUCGGGAAAAUGUCAUAAGAUCGUUAAUGAAGUGUUCAAAAAAUUCCACCGUUCGGAGUUUGACAUGUCAAUUGAAAAAUGCAAUGAACCUUUGCUUAGAAAACUUGGAUGCAACCAGACUAUCCAAUCCCCAGGUUUGAACAUUACAGUAAGCCCAGGUAUUGAAGAACCAAAGCAACCUUUACCGCUGUGCAAAACUAGUUUAAAUGGAAUGACGCAAUCAAGACCCAGUGGGUAUUUUGUUAGUGGUACAUGGAAGUCGACAUUUUGUAAAAAUGUUGUCAAGUCAUUUGAAGAGGCAAGACCUUGUCUCGAGCACAAAGAGAUCUAUUUUCUCGGCGACUCAACAACUCGGCAGUACUAUUACCUGUUUACUACCAAGAUGGGGUCGACUGUAACAGAGCCACCGUAUAACCAAGGGUAUUGGCACGAACCAAAAACGUUUUUGAAAGACAAAAUUCGGAUAUAUUAUCGACCACAUGGACCACCAUUGCAAAAUAAUGGACCACCGCACACCAAACCUUACGUGACUGAUGUGGUGGAUGAAAUUGCGCCCGGAGAGCAUGAAGUAGUUAUAGUUUUUAACCUAGGACUACAUAUUAUUUACUACGAGCCAUCUUUAUUCAUUCAUCGUAUGCGGGGAAUCCGAGACGCUAUGCUAGGGCUUAACAAACGACGGACCAAUGUUCGAUUCAUUUAUCGAAGUCAACGAGCCUUGAAUCCAAGCUAUGGCCAAAUCAACGGCUGGCUUGCUUACCGAUACGAUGUCCUUACUCGAGAGAUAUUCAAAGGGGUAAACAAUUUCUUUUAUUUUGAUGUUUGGGACAUGUCGGUAGUUUGGCCGCUCAACGAAUUCCAUCCUGAACAACCUUAUUUAAAACAAGAAGGACUUUACUUGUGCAAUUUUAUAUGUAACGAUUUAACUCUUUAGCCUGUAUGCCAAUUCAUUAAUUUCGGUUUAUAUGUAGGCCUAUAUGUGUAUGACCUUGGAUUUAUAUAGAACAGCAUAAUGAAAAUACCUUUGUAUAUGAACAUUUUUAUCUUAUAUUGUAAGUAUAUUGUUCAUUAAAAGGGACAAAAAAACAUUUUUAUAUAAUUGGUGUAUGAAUAGUUUUUGAUGUGCUGAAUCUAACGGUAUUUAUUCUUUCGUUAAAAACAUUUUCGCAACCCGCGUGAUGUCGCUAAAGAACUGAGAAUUUUUCUAUGGACAUAUAAUAUGACUUUAUUUCCCAAUUAAUGUAGUUUAGCAAACCAAUAUUUGCUAAAUUUGGAAAAGGACCAAGCAAAGCAUAGCCUACAGCCUUACAACAGUAUGUGUAUAUUGACAACUUCAUUUACAAUGUUAAUUAUUAUUAUAUAUUCAUUACACUCCAUCCGUAAGCCGAGAACAAUAGCUCGAUUCUUGUUCAAAAGUUAAGAAUCUUUAGCACCUACUGUUUACAUGUUUAACAUUUGUGUUCUUCUAACGGUGCCAGCCACAAAAUAAACAGAGAAACCGCUUAUAGGAAUUUGCUAAUUACAAAAGUAUGUACGGUCAAACAAGGUUAAACUAAAACACGAACAGAGUUCUGAAGCUAUGUUGCGUUCUGUUACUAAAGUUGUAGUUUUAAACUCUUGACCUAUGCGCCAUUAUCGUUAUUAUGACGUUGUACAGUACCUUUUUUUAGUUUCUAUUAGCAUUUAAUACUUGCAUGCUAAAUAAGUAACUAUAUAUGUAGUGUUAAAUCGAUCAAACAAUUUAGUAUAUGCUUUAAAAAUACACAGUUUUUAUGCAGUA